AUGGAUCUCUUCGAGUCUCUCCAAGAAGAGGACUCCUACAGACCUCUUUUUAAGGCACAGAACUGCGUUUCCGGUAUUCGGCCGAAGAAUUUGAAGCGAGUACGUGCUUUACGGCGCAACGAGCAACACUCGUCGUCGCGUUUCCGCGAACAAACGACGCCGAACAAGUUCCUCGAGCACGAGGGUGCUCAACCGGGACCCCCCCGGCUUUUCAAUUACUUCUCGAGGACGCUGAUAAUAAGUGUGUACAUUUUGAAUGCCGUUAAUAAGGAACGCAUGAAUUUUCUGGACGCUGAUAAUAAGACGAAGUCUUACUCACCGGUCCUACAUCCAAAGCCGGCCAGAGGUGCGGUGAAAUAA